AUGGACUAUGGCGGGUUCGGACUUGAGAUCCUGCCGUGUUCUCUUCCAGGCUGUCGAAACCGAAACACCAGCAACCUAGGCAGAGCUUCUCAUCUAGGUCUAAGGCGCUACAGAUCCUGGGCGUACUCCCUAGUUGACUCCAGCCAGGUGUCCACCUUCCUCAUCUCCAUCCUCCUCAUCGUUUAUGGCAGCUUCAGGUCAUUAAACAUGGAUUGUGAAAACCAGGAGAAGGAUAAAGAUGGGAACCCCUUGCCAGGGUCUUUUAAUAACAGCAACUCAAACAGUAUUCAGACUAUAGACUCCACACAGGCCCUGUUCCUGCCCAUAGGAGCCUCAGUGUCUCUGCUAGUCAUGUUCUUCUUCUUUGACUCAGUACAGGUGGUCUUUACCAUCUGCACUGCAGUUCUUGCAACAAUUGCAUUUGCAUUCCUCUUGUUGCCAAUGUGCCAGUAUGUGACCAAACCAUGCGCCCCAGUGAACAAGAUUUCCUUUGGCUGCUGUGGGCGUUUCACCCUGGCUGAGCUCCUGUCCUUCUCCCUCUCCGUUCUGCUGGUGCUCAUCUGGGUACUGACUGGACACUGGCUCCUCAUGGACGCUCUAGCGAUGGGCUUGUGUGUCGCCAUGAUAGCCUUCGUGCGGCUCCCCAGUCUGAAGGUUUCCUGCCUGCUGCUGUCAGGACUGCUCAUUUAUGAUGUGUUCUGGGUAAGACAUGCUCCCAUCCAUAACUGCCCCCCGUCACAGCUGACGUACGAGACCCUGCUGCGAGAUACAGCAGCUAGACCGUGUUUACAAGGACAAACUCAUUAAACAAAACGUCCACAUAGAUUAUCUCUUUAUCCCACAUCUAACAACAAAGUAAUGAUACAGCUUAAGGACGCCCUUACAUUCGAAACAUACACAAGCAAAUACCACCUUGCCAGCCAGAUGAUGUGUUGCUUAGGAAGUGAUGCAUUUUCUAUUUUCCAGUAGCAGUGUGUUCUGGAGGAACUGGGUACAGGGUUCGUACGGGUGCUUGAAAUCCUUGAAAAUGCUU